CCGAGCCCUCUGGAAGUGCCCCCGCCUGCUCCCCAAGGAUGCCAGGAGGAGGAAACGCAGCGGACCCCAGAUUUGAGGGGUUGCAGGCCUGAGCUUCAUCGUCAUCGUCAUCAUCUUCCUCUGUGUGGUUCCCCCCCCAUCCACCCACCCAUCCAUCCCAAAAUCCCGCCGAGCCCGGCGCUUCCAUGGUGCGGGAAGGCGGCAUGGCCCGGACCCCCUACAGCUCCACGCAGGACAUCCAGAUGGACGUCUUGGACAACGCCGCGCUCCAGGGCAAGUACAGCAGGCGCAAGAGCCGCUUCAAGCGCUCGGACGGCAGCACCUCCUCCGACACCACCUCCAACAGCUUCGUCCGGCAGGGCUCGGCUGAGUCCUACACCAGCCGCCCCUCGGACUCGGAUGUGUCGCUGGAGGAGGACCGGGAGGCGCUGCGCAAGGAGGCCGAGCGCCAGGCCAUGGCUCAGCUGGAGAAAGCCAAGACGAAGCCGGUGGCGUUCGCCGUGCGCACCAACGUGGGCUACAACCCUUCGGCCGGGGACGACGUGCCCGUGCAGGGCAUGGCCAUCUGCUUCGAGCCCAAGGACUUCCUGCACAUCAAGGAGAAGUACAACAACGACUGGUGGAUCGGGCGGCUGGUGAAGGAGGGCUGCGAGGUGGGCUUCAUCCCCAGCCCCGUCAAGCUGGAGAACAUGCGGCUGCUGCAGGAGCAGAAGAUGAGGCAGAACCGCCUGAGCUCGAGCAAAUCGGGUGACAACUCCAGCUCCAGCCUGGGCGAUGUGGUGACGGGGACCCGCCGGCCCACCCCCCCUGCCAGCGGUGGCCUGGACAUGCCUAGCUUUGCCUUUGACCCCGAUGAGUUAGAGGAGGAGGAGGCCGUGGAGACGCCGCGCUCCCCUAAGAGUAGCGUGAGCAGCGUCACCACCCCCCCCGCCCACAGCAAGCGCAUCCCCUUCUUUAGGAAGACCGAGCACGUGCCCCCGUACGACGUGGUGCCCUCCAUGCGCCCCAUCAUCCUCGUGGGGCCCUCGCUGAAGGGCUAUGAGGUGACGGACAUGAUGCAGAAGGCGCUGUUCGACUUCCUGAAGCAUCGCUUCGAUGGCCGGAUCUCCAUCACGCGGGUCACAGCCGACAUCUCCCUGGCCAAGCGCUCCGUGCUCAACAACCCCAGCAAGCACACCAUCAUCGAGCGCUCCAGCACCCGCUCCAGCCUGGCCGAGGUCCAGAGCGAGACCGAGCGCAUCUUCGAGCUGGCCCGGACGCUGCAGUUGGUGGCCCUGGACGCCGACACCAUCAACCACCCGGCGCAGCUGGCCAAGACCUCGCUGGCGCCCAUCAUCGUCUACAUCAAAAUCGCCUCCCCCAAGGUGCUGCAGCGGCUGGUGAAGUCCAGGGGGAAGUCCCAGGCCAAGCACCUCAACGUGCAGAUGGUGGCCUCGGACAAGCUGGCACAGUGCCCACCUGAGAUGUUCGACAUCGUGCUGGACGAGAACCAGCUGGAGGAGGCCUGCGAGCACCUGGCCGAGUACCUGGAGGCCUACUGGAAGGCCACGCACCCGCCUAGCAGCAACCCCCCGAACCCGCUGCUGAACCGCACCAUGGCCACGGCCGCGCUGGCCGCCAGCCCCGCGCCCGUCUCCAACCUCCAGGCUCCGUACCCGGAGGGGGAGCACGGCCGCCUCCGGCAGGGCCCGGGGGACUCGGGGGGCCGCGGGCAGGGCAGGGCCCCCCCGCCGCCCGCCCGCCCGGGCCCCCCCCGCAGCCUGGCCCGCCAGGACACCUUCGACUCCGAGGCUCCGGGCAGCUGGGACUCGGCCGGCACGGAGCCCGGCGAUUCCUGCUGCAUGGACAUCGAGAUGGACCCCGUCGAGGAGGAGCCGCCGGGCACCCCCGGGGGCCCCCAGCCCCCCCCCGGCUCCUGGGACGGGGCCGAGCCCGGGCGGGAGGGCCGGGGGCUGCGGGGCCGAGCCAAGGGCCAGGAGCCCCUGGGCCAGAGUGACGGGGAGGGCUGGGGCCGGGACGUUUACAUGCGUUAGGAUGAGGGGGUGCGGGCGGGGAGACCCCCCCCCCCACCCAGCGCUGGUUUUGGGGUGCGGGACAGCCCCGCUGGUUGCCUUUG